AUGCAGACUGCUUCUACAAACAUUUGUGAAAGAAUGGAUCGCUCUCAGGAGCUUAGUGAAUUCAAGCCUGGUACCAUGAUAGGUUGCCACCUGUGCAAUAAGUCCAUCCAUGAAAUUUCUUUGCUACUAAAUAUUCCACGGUCAACUAUUAGUGAUAUUAUAACAAAGUGGAAGCAACUGGGAACAACAGCAACUCAACCACAAGGUGAGCGGGAGAAGAACAUGCUGAAGCGAACCGUCACCAACUGUCUGCAGAAUCAAUAGCUAAAGACCUCCAAACUUCAUGUGGCCUUCAGAUUGGCACAACAACAGUGCUUAGAGAGCUUCAUGUGAUGGGUUUCCAUGUCCAA